AGGAAGCCUACACAAGCCACACAGAGCAAGCUGACCAACUGUCACAUACACACACACAGUCUACUAGCUAGCUAGCUAGCUCAGCAGAUCAGCCGGCGGUCAUGUCUGAGGAGAAGCACCACCACCUGUUCCACCACAAGAAGGAGGGCGAGGAGUUCGAGCCCGCCCCAGGCGGCGGCGUCGACGAGUACGCGUACACCAGCGAGACGGUGGUGGCCGCCACCGACGACGGCGAGUACGCGCGCAUCACCAAGGAGGAGAAGCACCACAAGCACAAGGAGCACCUCGGCGAGAUGGGCGCCGUCGCCGCCGGAGCCUUCGCCCUCUACGAGAAGCACGAGGCGAAGAAGGACCCGGAGCACGCGCACAAGCACAAGAUCGAGGAGGAGCUGGCCGCCGCCGCGGCCGUCGGCUCCGGCGGCUACGCCUUCCACGAGCACCACGAGAAGAAGGAGGACCACAAGGAGGCCAAGGAGGCCAGCGGCGAGAAGAAGCACCACCUCUUCGGCUAGACCGGCAAGCCUUUGCCGUACGUCGCCGGCGCGCGCCCGUGUGCUUUUUCUACGUGUGUUUUCCUUUCUUCCAAGUGGGAGAGCCUAGCUGGGACGAGGGCCCGGUCAUGCGCUCACCUCUGCGUGAUUUUCUUCUCUACGUGCGUACGCGUGCGUGCUGAAUAAGUGGUGAGGUGCUGCUGAUGCGUGCCGUGGCUCCCACACAGCUCAUGUAUCUCCUCGUUUGUGCUUGAAUUUAACUCCGCUCUAUGAAUUUCCACAAUAACUUCAA